UGCGACUGAACGAUGGUCAUGUAAGAGAUCAGAAAGUUAAUCGAUAAAUGUAAGUUACACCUUUUGGUUAUCCAUCACGGUCUACAUCAGCUCAAGAUGUUUACAGCAGACAUCGACUCAAUGCAGUUUAGAUGUGACAAGUAACGUUACUUCCGGUUAAGGAUAAACUUUUGCUUUAGCUCAUUUGCAGCGGACAUCCUGAGUUAUUUUUCAAGAUGAUACAAGCUGAGCACUUUAAAAUGAUCUUUCAGGUGUUCAGAGACUCUGUUCCUGUCAUCACGAGCGGGAUUCUAACCGUGGUACUUGGGUCGUGUAUUUUGUUUGGCACCCAAACAUACUUUAACUUCACUGAGGGGGUCCUCAGUGUUGGCGCCCCUGUGUUUCAAAAUGGACACUUGCACAGGCUCUUGGCGUACCCUUUUUACCACAGAACCUUUACUCAGCUUCUCCUGAGCAUUGCAACCCUGGUGUUUCUCUGUGGCAGUUUGGAGAAAGGUGUUGGCACUGUCCGCUUCCUGUUCUUCUUCGUCUUGCUGUCGACCACCACAGGCUUGUUUUACAGCUUCCUGGAUCUCAUGCAGAGUGACAGCAGCCGGAGCCACACAGAGGGGUUGGUUCCUGUGAUUCUAGCAUGUGUGGCUCUAACUACCAUGCACACAAAAAUGACCAAAGGAUUCCUGUGUGGAGUCAGUUUCCCCACCAUGGCUCUCCCUUGGGUGCUUCUCAUGAUCACCACUGCCCUCAUUCCUCACUGUGUGCUCCCCUGUAACGUUGUUGCCGUCCUGGUUGGGUGGAUGUAUGGGAAAGGAUGGCCUCCUUUUCUGAACAUGUCUGAAGCCAGGGCUGGCACUUUGGAGAGGAUGAUACCUUUCAGGUUGCUGAGGAGCAUCAGGGGUGUUAAGUUUGUCCCUGCUUCAACAGAGCAGAGGAGGAAGACCCUUCUUCCACAAAUCAAUCCAACACCUGGCUCCUACCCAGUCCAGGCUUACGCUCCAUUGUCCAGCGUCAGCACUGCCAAUACUGCAGCCAGGAUUUACGAAGGCUGGCCGAAUUCAACCAGUCCUCUGUCCAGUCCAACACCACCUCUCAAUCCUCAUGGACAUAGCUCUGCACAUAGCUUUGGUCUAAGUCAUGGACAUGGUUCAGAGCAGAGUUUUGGCCAAAGCUGCAACCACAGUCAUAAUCAUGGUCAUAGUCAUAGUCAUGGUCACGAUCAUGGUCACGAUCAUGGUCAUGGGCAUGGUCAUAGCCAUGGUCACCUAUAGUUAUGGUUAUUUAUUUGACUGCUUUACUCCAGCCAUACAGGUUAGCCUUUUUCUGCCAAUACUGCAAUAUUUUCCCUGUAAAACACAUGUGGAUGUCUGCAGCAUCUUUUGUAAGUGGAUUGUGUCAUCUACAGUGUCAAAUGCUUAGACAUAUUGUUAAGCUGAGUUUACAGUAGGCUGCUACCGUUUUUGUAGAGUGUUUGUUUGCCUGGCUUUAUAUUUAAAUGACAUUUCUCUGAAUGUUUUAUUGUUAUGGGUGACUUUUGUACAUAAACUUAUAAAUGUACUUAUUUUGUACUAUUUCCCUCAUUUCUACAAAAAAAUAUUGGCAAAACAUAAAAAGUCUCUGGGAAAUA